AAAAAGUGCAAUCUCGCGCAGUUUACAAGAAGAUCCCAACCAUGCACGUCGUCAAAGAGCUGCUCGACGACGCCUUCGAGAACUACGUGCUCGCGACCGAGGCCAAGGCCACGUCCGAGCUGCGCCUCGAGAUCGGCGCGCUGCCGCCGCUUGGUGUGCCACCGGCCGCGACCAAGGAGCAGUGGCACGCCCGCAUCUUCCACAACGGCUUGACGCAGGACCCGUUCCGCGCCGGGUCGGCCUACCUCGUCAAUGGCCGCGGCGACGUUCUCCACGCGACCACGGACCGCGAUGGCCAUCUCGCGACACGCAAGGUCAUUGGCCUUCCGCACCUCGCCGAGGCGCAUCCCGACAUGCAAUUUGAGAACGUCUCGAUGGCUGUGCUUGCGCCCAACGCCGUCCUGCUCUCGGAUGGCACGGGCGACCUCUUUGUGCUGAGUGGCGACGCAAGCAGCCCCUGGAGCAUUCGCUUCUCGGGCGCGCCGUUCGGCAAGCCGACCUCGUUGACGCUACUCGAAGCGCGUCUCGAGGACGAGAUCGCUGUGCACGGCGUUGUCUCGCAGCUGCUUUUCCCGACGAGCGCUGACGCGAGCGGUAGCACGUAUGCGAUCUCUGCGUUCUCGAUCAACUUGCAGAGCGGGUCGGUCGCGACGACGCUCCUCUACACGGGCGGGAAGCCACUCGGGUAUGCCUCGUUCGCUUCGGCCACGGACCUUCUUUUGCUCGUCGAAGGUCCCCACGAGCUCAAGGUGGCGUUGCAGCAGCCGCCGCCGACGCCGAUCGUGCACAAGCGACCGCACGACGUCGACGACGACGACGCCGAUGGCCCCGAGCUGCUCAAGUGCCUGCGCGCCGGGAUUGGUUUCGACGGUGUGCACCAGAGCCCGCACGUGCCCGCCUCGUCGCUCGGCCACGCCACCGACGCUCUCUACGACCGGUUUGUGGCGUCGUCGACACCGUUUAGCAGCAUGGAGACUGCGACGCGGUCGGCGCCAGCAUCCUCGGCGCCCGUACCGGAUGAGAGCGCGCGCAUUGAGAUCGCGACGCCCGACUCGAUCCUCGGCGGCUUUGAAGAGUGCGACGACUUAGACCCGAACGCGACGGCGGUCUUGUACCGGUAUGACGUGGCGUCACGGGCGUGUCUCGGCCGCCUCCACAUCGACUGCCGGCGCUUUCACUUUCUCGGGGCCAGCGCGACGCCACUGCAGACGUCGGUGACGACGUAUGUGCCGAAGAAGCUCCUCUUCCAGUACGACGUCCACGGCGUCGUCUUCGGCGUUGGCGCCGACCUGCGGCACUUGGAGCUUCUCCACGAAGCCACGUUCCAGGCACUGGCGUACGUCCAGGCCUCGAAGGAGCAGAAGAAGUAUCUCCAGUUCCACCCGAGCUCGUCGCUCGCAGCGAUUGCCGAGUUUGAGAAGCGGCUCUUCGUCUACACAGGGCCGCAAGAAAGCGGCGCGGGGCCGCAUCGGCGAUCGCACUACCUCGAGGAGCUCGCGCUCAAGGCGCCGACGAUCUACGGCCUCCAGUUCCUCGACGCCCAGAGCCUGCUGCUGCUCACGCCGUCGGCACUCCUCCGCGUCUCGAUCCCGACCUUGUCGUCGUAGCUGUACCAUA